AUGGAAUGGAUAGAAACACCUUCAGGGAAUAGAAUAUCGGUUUCCAGUAAGUUACACAAUAAGGAGAAUAUCCAAAUCAAAGGGAACUCUACGAUCGGACCAGGAGUAGAAUUAAAUGCUUUAGAAAAUGAAGUUUCCAUCUUAAUAGGGAAAUACUGUUACUUAUCAGAAAACUGUCAUAUAACUCCCCCAUUAUUGAAACCUGGAGUCUAUGGACAAUUUAAAAUGGGGAAUUACACCAUUAUAGGCAAGGAUUGUAUCUUGAAGGCAGCAGCAAUUGGGAAUAGGGUGGUGAUAGAGUCUGAUUGUAAGGUUGAUGAAUUAGCUAUCAUUUACGAUUGUUGUAUCAUACGACAAGGCACCAUCAUACCUCCCAAAAUGAUCAUACCUCCAUUUAGUGAAGUCAGAGGAGUUCCUGGUAAGAAUUUCAAAGUGUCCCAAUUAGGAACAGGGUACAAGAGAACCAUUGAGAUCGAAGCUAAAGAAUUACAGAUAUUGGGGAUGUAA